AUGUUCUCGUAUACUCCAUCGCCCGCAUUCCAAACCGCUGCAUCCUACCUGUCCAAUGCACCGGCAUUGUCGCAGGUGUCGAACACCGUGAAAUUGGAGCUCUACGGCCUUUUCAAAUUGAUUACAGUCUCACCUUCGCCCAAUACAUCUCGCCCGUCAUUUUUUGACAUGACCGGACGGGCUAAAUGGGAUGCAUGGGUACAAGCGAGCCGGGACUAUGACGGACGCUUAGACGAUGCGGAGAAAAGAUAUUUGGAUAUCGCAAGCAGUCUAGGAUGGAAGAAAACUGAGUCUGGAGAAAGUGAAGGCGCACCUAGCGCGGAACAGGAGAGCCGGACGUCAGAGAGCGGUAGGCCCGGAGGCAGCGGCUCUGGGAUGGGUGUUUCUGUGAGCAUCAUUGCGCCACCGGCACUGGACAAAAAUGAGGAGGGCACAGUGCAUGGAUUCGCAGUUCAAAAUGAUGCUCAGGCGCUAUCUGAGUUCUUAGAACACAAUUCAAAUGCUGAUCUCAAUGCGAAAGACGAAUUUGGUUAUACACCAUUACACUUAGCGUGCGAUAGAGGGAACCUGCCCAUUGUAGAACUACUGUUGGCGAAGGGGGUUGACACAAACAUCAAGGAUCCCGAUGACUUCGAGGCUGUAGAAUUGGCAAGAAUCGCCGGUCAUGAUGACAUUGUUGCGACACUAGAAAGAGGUAGCUGA